GGAGCUCGGGGGAGGCGCGCGAGCAGCCCGAGGGGCCGGCGGCCGCGGAGCCGGGCGGCGCGAUGGUGAAGGAGACCCAGUACUACGACAUCCUGGGGGUGAAGCCCAGCGCGCCCCCGGACGAGAUCAAGAAGGCCUAUCGCAGGCUGGCGCUCCAGUACCACCCGGACAAGAACCCGGACGAGGGCGAGAAGUUUAAGCUCAUCUCCCAGGCCUACGAGGUGCUGUCCGACCCGAAGAAGAGGGAGGUGUAUGACCAGGGCGGGGAGCAGGCCAUCAAGGAGGGCGGCUCGGGCAGCCCCAGCUUCUCCUCGCCCAUGGACAUCUUCGACAUGUUCUUCGGCGGAGGGGGGCGGAUGGCGCGCGAGCGGAGAGGCAAGAACGUGGUGCACCAGCUGCCCGUGACGCUCGAGGAUCUGUACAAGGGCGUCACCAAGAAGCUGGCCCUCCAGAAAAGCGUCAUCUGCGCCAAGUGCGAAGGCGUCGGCGGGAAGAAGGGGUCCGUGGAGAAGUGCCCGCUGUGCAAGGGCCGCGGCGUGCAGGCGCACAUCCAGCAGAUCGGGCCGGGCGUGGUGCAGCAGAUCCAGACCGUGUGCCUCGAGUGCAAGGGCCGCGGCGAGCGCGUCAGCCCCAAGGACCGCUGCGAGGGCUGCGGGGGCGCCAGGGUGACCCGCGAGAAGAAGCUCAUCGAGGUGCACGUGGAGAGAGGUAUGAAGGAUGGGCAAAAGAUUCUCUUUCAUGGAGAAGGCGACCAGGAGCCUGAGCUGGAGCCGGGCGAUGUGAUAAUUGUGCUUGAUCAGAAGGACCAUAGUGUCUUUCAGAGGCGAGGCCACGACUUGAUCAUGAAAGUGAGAAUCCAGCUCUCUGAAGCCCUCUGUGGCUUCAAGCGGACGGUAAAGACGCUGGAUGACCGCACGCUCCUCGUCACGUCCCGGCCAGGUGAGGUGGUGCGGCACGGCGACCUCAAGUGCGUGCACGGCGAGGGGAUGCCGGUGCACAGGGCGCCCCUGGAGAAGGGCAGCCUGGUCCUGCAGUUCCUGGUCAUCUUCCCUGAGAAGCACUGGCUGCCGCUGGACAAGCUCCCCCAGCUGGAGGCGCUGCUGCCGCCGCGGCCGAGCAUGCGGGUGACGGAGGACAUGGACCAGGUGGAGCUGCAGGAGCUCAGCCCGGGGGAGCAGAGCUGGCGGUCGCAGCGCGAGGACGAGGAGGAGGACGGGCCCCGGGCGGGGGUGCAGUGCCACACGGCCUGAGCCUCGGCCCCACCCGCGCUUGACCUCGCCAGCGUGCGCCCCUUCCCCGCCACCCCCGUGCCGAGCGUCUCGGGGCGACCUACGUCGUAGCGCGAUUUAUAUCUAAACGUUCUAAGCGCGAAUCUCCCGCGUCGCGUGGAUGUUAUUUG